GUUUUAUUAGAAGCUUCCUAUCUCGUGCCUAGCCUCUUUUGUGGACCGAUAUCAUGAGCGACUUUGAGGAUGACGAUCACGGGCCCUCCAUCGGCACGUACCAUGGCGACCGCCACCCCGACACGGGUGCUCGCCAUGGCAAGGGUGUGGCCAACUUGCCCAACGGCGAUAAAUAUGAGGGCCAGUAUCAAGAUGGCCAACGCCACGGCAAGGGCAUUUACAAGUUCAAGUCAGGAGCCCGCUACGAUGGCGAGUACAUGAAUGGGCGCAAGCACGGGCAAGGAACCUUUUGGUAUCCUGAUGGUGCUGUUUACGAGGGUACUUGGGUGGAUGAUGUGCGCUCGGGCCAUGGCAAGUACACAUAUCCCAAUGGUGACUGCUAUGAGGGCGAAUGGCUGAGCGGUGUCAAGGAGGGCAAGGGUGCCUACACCUAUGGUGCGACUGGCAUCAAGUACGUGGGUACAUGGGCCAAGGGCGUCAAGUCGGGUGAGGGCACAAUCGAAUAUGCCGGCAUGACCUACACUGGUGGCUUCACUGAUGACCAGCCUCUGGGUGCCGGCGUGUUCAAGUUUGCCGCGGGCUAUCAACAGCCCGGCGAAUACGUCGUGUCAACCGACGCCGGGGCUGAUGCAGCUGAAGACGAGGUGCGGCCGAUUACAAAGUGGGUCGGCCAGCUGCUGGCAACGGCUGCAACAUAAACAUACCUUUGCGAAGCUUGGCUUUGGUUCCUGCGCUUGGGACACCCUGUUUGUGCUCUAUGCUCGUUUGUCUCUGUGUAUUCGUCUCCUUCUCCUUCUUCUACGCUUGUGAAUCUGGUGUUGGGUGUGGAUUGAGAUUGAGAUUGUGACACCUUCACCACGCACACCCUCCUCCCACCCUGGGCUGGCUCGUCCUGCGCCGAAUCUGGCUCCCAUCCUCCGCGCCACUCUGUGGUUGUUGCUGUGGUUCUGAACGCCCAUGUGCUUGUCUUCUAAUCGAGAGAAAGUCU